GGCUCCCGAGGUGACCACAACAUGGCUGCGGCGGCGCCGGGGCUGCUCUUCUGGCUGCUCGUGUUCGGGCCGCCCUACUGGGCGGCGGGGCAGCCAGACCCCAGCCCCGGCCGGCGCUUCUCCGAGUACAAACUCUGCGCGGACGACGAAUGCAGCAUGUUAAUGUUCCGAGGUGAGGCUCUGGAAGAUUUCACAGGCCCUGAUUGUCGCUUUGUGAAUUUUAAAAAAGGUGACCCUGUAUUUGUUUACUAUAAGCUGGCAGGGGGAUCCCCUGAAGUUUGGGCCGGAAGUGUUGGGCGUAUCUUUGGAUAUUUUCCAAAGGAUUUAAUCAAGGUACUCCAUGAAUAUACAAAAGAAGAACUACAAGUUCCAGCUGAUGAAACAGACUUUGUCUGUUUUGAUGGUGGAAGAGAUGAUUUUGAUAAUUAUAAUGUAGAAGAACUCUUAGGGUUCUUGGAAUUGUACGAUUCUGCAACUGAUGAUUCUGAGAAGGCUGUAGUAAAGGCUUCUCAGCCUGAAAUAUCAAAGGAAAGUGAAUCCGAACCUGAGCCAGUAGAAGCCAAUGCAGAGGAAAGUGAAAGUGCAUUUCCAGAAAUCACUAAGGGGCUAGAUGAACAGUUCUUGGCUCAGAAGCGUCACCCACAUGAAAACAGUCAAAAAGAUAAUGCUCUGGGACAGCAAUCAUCAUUUGACUCUUUUGAAGAAAUGCUGAAAGAUAAACUAAAAGUACCAGAAAAUGAAAACAAAACCAGCAACAGUUCUCAGGUCACCAACGAACAGGAGAAGAUGGAUGCAUAUAAACUUUUGAAGACAGAAAUGACUCUAGACUUGAAAACCAAAUUUGGCUCAACUGCUGAUGCUCUUGUAUCAGAUGAUGAGACAACUAGACUGGUGACUUCAUUAGAAGAUGAUUUUGAUGAGGAAUUUGAUGCUGAAUAUUAUGCACUAGAGAACGAAGAAGAGGAGAAUGCAGACAACUUUGAGGAAUUACCAUUGCUAACUUUCACAGAAGGAGAAGAUGAGAAAACACCACUGAAGUCCGGAAUGGAAAAACCUUUAACUGAUAAAGAACAAAAUUUGAACAAAGAGGGUAAGGUUGAGGUGACUCCACCCCCUGGCAUGAGCAAUGAUGAUAAAAAGGUACUGACAACCUUGGGAGAUAAGUUCUUCUCUACUGUCACAGGUAGUGAACAAAAAUCAGGUGUGAUUGGUUCAGAGAAUUCUAAUUCAGAAGAAGAGGAGGAAGACGGUGAUGCACAAUUACCAGAGAGCAAACAGGACAAACUGCAAUCAGCUGCAGGUGACAUUGGCCCUGAGCAUACAGAAGAUGGUGUUUUUGUAGAAGCCUCUAAAACAAAUGAUAAAGAUUACUCAGAGCUUCCCAUUAAAGGACAUGGGGAGGAUGUCCAGAAGCCCAAGAUGGACCUAGUGCCAGAUGAACCAAAAUUAGAGGAUGUGAAGCCCGAAGGGGUAACUCUACAUGGUUCUUCUCAAAACAAUAAGCUCAACUCAUUGCAAGCUGGUGAAAAGGAUAAAGACAUAUGGAAAACAGUGUUCAAAAACAAAGAAAAUGACCUAAAAGAAACAGUUAUUCAUAUCUCAAAAGAAACCUUCCAUGAAGAAAAACCUGGAGAGAUUUUGGAAAAUGGCCCAGAUAGUGUAUCUGUGCAUCAAGUUAUGGAGAACCAGGUGACCGAAGGAAAUAGCAACCAGAAAUCUAUGGAUAUUGUACCACUCUUGGGAGAUAAUCAGCAUAAUACAUCAAAAAAUAGUAUGGAAGAAGUAGAUGUUUCAGCGAAUGGACAAAACGUGCGCACACAUUCAGUGGAGCAUCAACGUAAAGAGGAAGAAGAUGCCCCUGAAACUCAAAGUCAACCAAGGUUCUCCUCUCCAGAGGAAAUUGAUUUGUCAAGAGAACUGAAAGAAAAGGUGCCUACUUUGGGAAGAAAUCUUUCUUGGCAGCAAGAAAAAGACAUGACUGUCACAGUCAGUAAGCAAGUGAAUGAGAAGUUAGGGCUUUCUGAGAAAGAGGGUAGUGAGGAUCCCACACAUGCACAGUUGGUUGAUCAAAAGGCAAUGCCAGGGACACAAGAAGUUGAACACCCUGAGCAAACUGAUCAGGCGGAAAUACCAGCUUUCCAUACUGAAAAACCAGAUACAGAUGAGGAUGACUUUCUCCCUGAAGAACUACUGGAGGAUGAAAAUGCUCUAAGUGCACAACAGUCUAAAGAGACACCACCGGACAUUCAGGAAGGGAAAUUCGAUGCUGCUUUGCAAGAUAACGAAAAAGUAAGUUUAGGGACCAGGGAUCCUGAUCCAGAAACCAGUGGAAACAAACCAUCAAGUAUGGUUUUGGAGACGAAAAAAAGUGACAGUGCACUCCCAGGGGUAGAUGAGUUAGGCAGGGAGCCAGGUAGUGUGGUAGUGGGCAGAACAGUAAGCUCUCUGGCAGAUGAGAAAGCCCAAAGGUCAUCAAAAGAGGGUGACUUUCUUGACAAGAAAAACACUCAGCUUCCAGGGUUGGAAGAAAUAUUUCUGAACAAAGAUCCUGACAAUCUGGAAAAAGACAACCCUAAGGAAAAUCUGAACACCCCAGGACUUGUAGAGAUAACUAAUGGAGAAGAAAUCUCAAAAGAGGGGCCUGAGAACAUAGAGAAGCUCAGGGACUUAGAAAACCUGGGGCCUGGUUCUGUAGACCUUGACCAUGGCUUGUUCCUCGGGAGCUCACACACAGCUCUCCAGCCAGAGCUCGACAUCCUCAGGGAGACCUUGCCCAUCAUAAGCAGCUUCUUCAGAGAAGAUCAGUCUCUGCAGAGGUUCCUGAAGUACUUUGAUGUCCACGAACUAGAAGCCAUGCUACACGAGAUGUCAUUAAAGCUGAAGUCAGCACAGCAGGAGAGUCUGCCCUACAACGUGGAAAAAGUCCUGGAUAAGGUCUUCCGGGCUUCAGAGUCACACAUUCUCAAUGUGGCAGAGAAAAUGCUCGAUACUCGAGUGGCUGAAAAUAAAGAUCUGGGAAUGAAGGAAAAUAACAUGUUUGAAGAGGCUGCAGUGCUGGAUGACAUUCAGGACCUGAUCUAUUUUGUCAGGUACAAGCACUCCAUGGUGGAAGAGACCGCCCCUCUCAUCACUCCCCCUCCUCUAGAGGAAGGCUGGGUUGGACCAAUGGAAGAGAUACAGCCACCCCAUGAAGAUAAUUUUGCACCGGAGAACACAGAUCUUCAUGUGCAGAUUUCUGAAGAGCACAGUCUCUUGGAUCAACCUGCAAAUGGGGACAGAGAUACCUCACAAGUGUCCCAGAAGCUGGAUAUUGAGGAAGAUGUAGACCCAGGGCUACUUACAACAGAAGUUACUCCUGUUGAUUCUCUUGACACAAAAAAGCAACAAGAGACACUUGUGGAAGAGCCAGCAGGUGUCUCGCCUUUGGAGAAUGCAAUUGGUUCACUAUAUUCAGCUAUCCUUUAUUUAACCAAGACGAUAGUUGCCACUUUGCCUGAUGAUGUUCAGCCUGGUCCUGAUUUCUAUGGACUACCAUGGAAGCCUGUACUUCUCACUGCCCUCCUGGGAAUAGUUUCAUUUGCCAUUUUCUUCUGGAGAACUGUUCUUGUUGUAAAGAAUAGAGUCUAUCAAGUCACUGAGCAACAAAUUUCUGAAAAGUUGAAGACUAUCAUGAAAGAAAAUACAGAACUGUUACAAAAAUUGUCAAAUUAUGAACAGAAGAUCAAAGAAUCAAAGAAGCAUGUUCAAGAAACUAAGAAACAAAAUAUGAUUCUCUCUGAUGAAGCAAUUAAAUAUAAGGAUAAAAUCAAGACACUUGAACAAACCAAUGAAAUUCUGGAUGACAGAGCCAAAAAUCUCCGUGUUAUGUUAGAAACUGAAAGAGAACAGAAUAUCAAGAAUCAAGACUUGAUAUCGGAAAAAAAGAAGUCUAUCGAGAAGUUAAAGGAUGUUAUUUCAGUGAGUGCCUCAGAAUUUUCAGAGGUUCAAAUUGCCCUCAGUGAAGCUAAGCUCAGUGAAGAGAAAGUAAAGUCUGAAUGCCAUCGGGUUCAAGAAGAAAAUGCUAGACUAAAGAAGAAGAAACAGCAGUUGCAGCAGGAAAUUGAAGACUGGAGCAAAUCACAUGCUGAGCUCAGUGAGCAGCUCAAAUCAUUUGAGAAGUCCCAGAAAGAUUUAGAAGUAGCUCUUACUCACAAAGAUGAUAAUAUUAAUGCUUUGACUAAUUGCAUUACACAAUUGAAUCGGUUAGAGUGUGAAUCUGAAUCUGAGGAUCAAAAUAAAGGAGGAAACGAGUCAGAUGAAUUGGCUAAUGGAGAGGUGGGAGGUGACCGGAGUGAGAAGAUAAAAAAUCAAAUUAAGCAGAUGAUGGAUGUCUCUCGGACACAAACUGCAAUAUCAGUAGCUGAAGAGGAUCUAAAACUUUUACAACUUAAGCUAAGAGCCUCGAUGUCCACUAUAUAUAGCCUGGAAGAGCAAAUAAAGAAAUUGGAAGAUGACCGCAGUACACUGCAGUUCACUAAAGUUGGACUGGAAGAUGAGUGCAAAACUCUGAGGCAGAAAGUGGAGAUUCUCAAUGAACUCUACCAGCAGAAGGAGAUGGCUCUGCAAAAGAAACUGAGUCAAGAAGAGUAUGACCGGCAGGAAAGAGAGCAGCGGUUGUCGGCUGCAGAUGAGAAGGUGGUUUUGGCUGCAGAGGAAGUCAAAACCUACAAGCGGCGAAUUGAAGAAAUGGAGGAAGAAUUGCAGAAAACUGAGCGCUCAUUUAAAAAUCAGAUAGCUACUCAUGAAAAGAAAGCUCAUGAUAACUGGCUCAAAGCCCGUGCUGCAGAAAGAGCUAUGGCUGAAGAGAAAAGGGAAGCUGCUAAUCUGCGACACAAAUUACUGGAAAUGUCUCAAAAGAUGGCACUGCGACAAGAAGAACCUGUGAUUGUAAAACCAAUGCCAGGAAGACCAAAUACACAGAACCUUCCACGAAGAGGUCCACUGAGCCAGAAUGGUUCUUUUGGCCCAUCCCCUGUGAGUGGGGGAGAAUGUUCCCCUCCCCUGACUGCAGAGCCACCUGGAAGACCUCUCUCUGCUACUCUCAGUAGAAGAGAUAUGCCUAGAAGUGAAUUUGGGACAGUGGAUGGGCCUUUACCUCGUCCUCGAUGGUCAUCGGAGGCAUCUGGAAAACCCUCAGCCUCUGACCCAGGAUCUGGUCCAGCUCCCAUGAUGAACAGCAGCUCCAGAAGCUCUUCUCCAGCCAAGGCAAUAGACGAAGGCAAGCAAAGUGUUCCCCAAGAGCCUGAAGGCCCCUCAGUUCCUAGCUUGGUCUCUUUGGCUGAGCAUCCAGUCACAGUUAAUAUGGCUACCAAAGGGCCCCCUCCUUUCCCGGGGGUGCCUCUGAUGGGUUCUCCCGUGGGAGGUCCUCUACCACCACCCAUUCGAUAUGGACCACCUCCUCAGCUCUGUGGGCCUUUUGGGCCUCGGCCACUCCCUCCACCAUUUGUUCCUGGUAUGCGUCCACCACUAGGCUUAAGAGAAUACACACCAGGCGUCGUUCCACCUGGGAAACGGGACCUGCCUCUUGACCCUCGGGAAUUUUUACCAGGACACGCACCAUUUAGACCAUUAGGCUCACUUGGUCCAAGGGAGUACUUUAUCCCUGGUGCCCGGUUACCACCCCCAAACUAUGGUCCCCAGGAUUACCAACCACCACCUGCUGCAAGAGACUCACUGCCUUCAGGUUCCAGAGAUGAGACACCAUCUGCCUCUCAGGGCAGUGGCCAGGACUGUUCUCAGGCUUUAAAACAGAGCCCAUAACUAUGACCUCUGACACUUCAGAGAGAGUGGACUGUAUACUAUUCACUAUGAUAAAGGAUUUUGUUGGCUUUAAAAUCAAAGUUUAUUUUAAAAGGUUUUUAGAACUAAGCUGCCUUGGCAGUGUGCAUUUUUGAGCCAAACAAUUAAAACAUAUUUUCCUCUCUAAAGAAAAAUCACCUCUUAUGCUAGAGUGUCCUUCCAAUUUUGAAAUGUGCAAUAAAGAAUACCUGUGUUUUAGUUAUGUAGCAUAUGUAAUUGCUAAAUGAUUUACAAUGUCAAAAAUAUGAACAUUUCCUGUGGAAAUGCUUUAAGAACAUGUGUUUCCAUUACCCCAUUUUUAGUUUGUGUAUCAGUUGAAUACAGAGCAAUGGUGUUUACAGCUUGAUCUUUUUUUUCCCCCUCCAAUAUCUGGUCACAAAGACUGUUACGCUAAAAAUGUUUACUGAAAUAUCAUAAACUUUAUCCUCCCUGUUGCUGAAGUUCUUUGUAGUAAUAGUUCAUAAAACUUUGUUUAUUAAUUUCCCCAGUGUCUGUUGAUUCACUGGAUUGUCAUGAGACAUGUGCCAUUUGGGAAACACGUAAGCAAGACGCUCAGAACUGAAGAUGGUGACUUGGCAGCAGCUCAGUGUUGCUCGCUGCUGAGGAUGUUCAGUCUCAAAACCACCUGGGAACACUGUAAGGAAUUUGUUCCUUUAAUUCACAGAAAUCAGUGGUCCUACUGGCCUGGCAUUCAGGUGGCUUCCUGUGACCCUCACUGCUUAUUAAGGAUGGUUUUAUGAGUAUGAACAUAUUAGUAGCAAGAAUUAUUUGGCCAGAUAUCUUAUUGCUUUUAUUUUUAUUGCAAUGGGGGUAUUUAGCAGCAACAUGAAAAUGAAUGUGUUAUGACUCCAAAGUAAGGAAAUGUCCUUUUAAAAAUGUAAACAGUCUAUAUUCUUUUACCACUACCUUGCCACUUGUUUUUAAGGAAUAUUAAAAUGUGUCAAUAACCAUAGAUUA